AUAGCGAUAUCUUGUAGAAAAAUCUAAACGUCAGACGGGUAAAGUCUAAUCCCAACACAUGAUCAUGCUUGGUACGUUAACCAAUACUUGUGUUAUGAUUACGCGGCCAAUAGCGCGAACCUGGUUAACGAGCCACGCGACGAAGUUGCGUCAGACUCCUCCGCGUCGAUAUGCUACGAACGAACUGAAAAGGCGUCUCAAGGCCGAACAAAAGGCCAAGGAGAAGGCCGAGAAGGAAGAGGCCAGGACGCUUGCAACGGCAGCUCAACCAAAGUCUGAGAAAAAGGAAAUCAAUGAAGAAGAAAUUAGUCCAAAUGAAUAUUUUAAGCUCCGGUCGAACUUGGUCAGUCAAUUCAAAGCUAUUAAUGAUAAUCCUUACCCGCAUAAAUUUCACGUAUCUAUCUCCCUGGAGGAGUUCAUUGAGAAAUUCAAGGAUAUCGUGAAAGAUGGUGAAGUACUCGAUGAGGAGGUACAUAGCGUUGCUGGACGUAUCCACUCCAUUCGGGGAUCCGGUGCCAAAUUAAUCUUUUACGAUCUUCGAGGAGAAGGUGUUAAGGUGCAAGUGAUGGCUAAUGCGAGAUUAUAUGAAAGCGAGGAAAAAUUUGUAGCAGACACUGCAAAGAUUAAGAGAGGCGACAUCAUAGGCGUCAUCGGCAAACCUGCGAAAAGCAAAAAAGGCGAAUUCUCAAUUAUACCACGGUCUAUUACCCUUCUAAGUCCAUGUUUACAUAUGUUGCCACAUCUUUAUUUUGGCCUGAAAGACAAAGAAACAAGAUUUCGGCAGCGAUACCUGGAUCUCAUAUUAAAUGAUAAGGUUCGACAAAUCUUUCACAUACGUGCGAAGAUAAUCGCUUAUAUACGCAAGUUUCUUGAUAAUAUGGGCUUCUUGGAAGUCGAGACUCCCAUGAUGAAUAUGAUUGCUGGAGGUGCGACUGCCAAACCCUUCGUUACACAUCAUAACGAACUCAAUAUGGAUUUGUUCAUGAGAAUCGCUCCAGAGUUGUAUCACAAGAUGUUAGUCGUCGGUGGGAUCGACAGAGUAUAUGAGAUCGGUAGGCAAUUCAGGAACGAGGGUAUCGACAUGACUCAUAAUCCAGAAUUUACCACCUGUGAGUUCUACAUGGCAUAUGCUGAUUACAAUGACCUAAUGGAGAUCACGGAGAAUAUGGUGUCUGGCAUGGUAAAGUCUAUACAUGGAACUUACAAGAUAGAAUACCAUCCGGACGGACCAGAGGGUAAAGCACACGAGAUCGACUUCACGCCACCUUUCAAGCGCAUCUCAAUGAUGACGCAAUUGGAAGAGAUUCUGCAGGUCAAACUGCCCAAAGCCGAUCAGCUUAACACACCAACGGCAAUCAAGUUCCUUAGUGAUCUUUGUGAAAAGCACGAAAUCGAAUGUCCCCCUCCUAAGACAUCGGCAAGAUUACUAGACAAGCUCGUUGGAGAAUUCAUCGAGGAUACAUGUAUCAAUCCCACAUACAUCAUUGAUCAUCCGCAAGCAAUGUCGCCAUUGGCAAAAUGGCAUCGAUCCAAGAAAGGUCUUACUGAACGAUUCGAAUUAUUUGUUAUGAAAAAGGAAAUCUGUAAUGCGUACACCGAACUGAACGAUCCGGUCGUUCAGAGAGAAAGAUUUGAGCAGCAAGCAAAGGAUAAAGCAGCUGGUGACGAAGAAGCACAAUUGGUUGAUGAGAAUUUCUGCACAGCUUUGGAAUAUGGUUUACCUCCAACGGCUGGCUGGGGAAUGGGUAUUGACCGAUUGACAAUGUUCCUUACCGACUCGAAUAAUAUUAAAGAAGUAUUGUUCUUCCCUCAAAUGAAGCCUGAUGAUCCAAACAAAAAUAAGGAAGUGACUGAAGAUGAUGAAACAUCAAACGAUAGUGCAGAAAAAUAA